GAAAAAUAUUAUUAUCAUUUUAUUCUAUCUUGUGAGUUUUGGCCAUGGGAAUAAUAUGGAGACAAUUGGCUUUUCAUAUUUGCGAGUGUUAAAUAUUAAUUUAUUGAAACUGUUUCUGAAAAAAAAAAAAUCUAGUGUUUGAAUUAUUGGAGAAUGAAAAGAGUUGAAAAUUAAAUGGACUUAAAAAAUUUUUUGGGCUAUUUGAGCUCAAGCGAGGAGAAACUUGUUUAAUUUAAAGAAAAUAAACAUAACGAUUAUUUUUUUUCUUAUGAUAAAAGAUUUAUGGGCUGGAUUAAUUAGUAUUUGUUAAUCGCUCAUUUCACCCAGUUAUAAUUCAAAAUUUUUUUUGCCGCCAGUGUGACCAUUGGUCCCUUCCCCUUUUAAAGGUCAACAUGACCGUUAGUUCCUUCUGCAUUUAAAGGUGGUGAUGACGCGCGUGGCAUGAGAAAAAUCUUAACGCGCAAGGUACCGCCGUCUAUCUAUCUAUAAAUAGUUUUUAAAGACUGAAGAAAAAAUAUUGGUUCCUCGGUUAUUUACUUAUAACGUUUAAUUUGGGGUUUAUAAAAGGGUUAGAGUUAGGGUUUGAAGAAACAGGAAAAAGAUUUAGGGUUUGUAAAAGCGUUACGGUUAGGGUUUGAAGAAAGAGGAAAAAAAGUUAAAGCAAGACGAGGCAAAAGAAGCCAUGAAAUUUUCAGUCUUUCUUAAUUGGUAAUCGUUUUUUUCUCUAUUGAUCUUCCACUUUAUUUUUGUAGCGUUUUACAAUUCUUUUUUAAAUGGAAACUGUCUUUUACAAUUUCCAUUUUUUAUUUUCAGUAAAGAAAGAGUCGCGAACACAUAUCUAUGUUUUAUUGGAGCAUUAAUUUUUUUUUUUUUACUGUCAUUUUCAUUUCGCUUAUAAUACAUCUAUAUUUUGUUUUAUUGGAGCAUUAUUUUCAGUAAAGAAAGCGUAUGCCGUGACGCUUGCUAGCCUAAAUGUAUUUUUUUUUUUUUUUGCCUUGUCUCAUUCACAACAUUUUUUUUCACCUUUUCCUAAUGAUCCUACCGUGUCAUACUUUUUCACCGACUUUUUUUCAGACUAUACAUAUACGUAAGUAACCAUGCAUCCAAAAUGUAGCAACCCAGUGUUCUGCAUCAGAAUCUAUCUUGGGUUCCUUGAAUUUCUUCUCAUAGUUUUACUACCUAAAGACUUUCGACUAUGGCACCACUGUCCUGUCCCUAUCCUACAGGUAUCAAUCUUAGUUCAUCUCAUUAUUGUUCUGUUUGGUUGCAGGGAGAUGAAACUUGAAAGACAAGUAUGAGCUUUUGGAUUUUAUAUUGCUUCAAAAUCGAAGUUUAAUGUUUUGCAGUUCCACUGAGACUUUUGCUUCAUAUACUUUUUUUUUUGUUCGAAUGGGGACGAUUGUUGAAACUUGAAUCUUUAAUCUCAUUUUCAUUUUAUGGUUUACAGAGUUGGUUCUGUAACAUCAGAGAUUAAAAUGGUUUUGUGUUCCUUUAUUCCUGGAAUUGGUUUUAGUUGCAAGUUAACCUCUUUUGGCUUUGUUAGAUUCAAAUCUUGGUUAUAAAUUUAACUUUUUGUCUGUAUUAUUUGUAUGGAGAUGUCCGUGAUUAUCAUUUGCUGCAAUUUUGUUUAAUGUUGAAGCAUGAAUAUGGGUUGUUCUCAAUGCAGAUAGGACAUUGUGUUGAAGAGCAAAGAUUGUGCUGUGUUUUAGUAAGUCAUUAACUAGGUAUAAAAUUUCCUUUUACACAUCUCUCUUGUGAAGGAGAAGAUGAGUUCAGUAAAUAUCUAAUCAAUUUUGUGUCUAUAAGGGCGGUGGCUAGUGAUGGCAUUUGAACCCUUCGUUUGGAAUUGUCAACCAGUGGAAAAUGCGGCUUGGACAAAAGUGGUUGAUGGUGCUUGUGGUGCAUACACACCUUGUGCUAUCAAUUCUGUGGUGAUUUCCAUUUCUCACUUGGUUCCUUUGGGCCUCUGCUGUUAUCAUAUAUGGUUGAUUAAGAAGAAUUCCAAAGUCCAGAUGUUUACUUUGAGGUCAAAAUGCUACAAUUAUAUGCUUGGUUUGUUGGAUGGUUAUUCUACCAUCGAGCCAUUACUAAGGUUGUUGAUGGAUAUUUUGAUCUUUAAUUUGAAUGGAGAGACUGGUCUUGCUCACUAUGAGGCAACUUCUUUGAUCAUUGAGGCUACAGCUUGGUGCUCUGUGCUUAUUAUGAUAGGACUGGAAGCAAAAAGUUACAUCAGGGAGUUUCGGUGGUAUGUGCGUUUUGGGGUAUUUAUGGUCGGGGAUGCUGUGCUUCUCAAUCUCAUUCUACCAGUGAAGGAUUUGUACAGUAGGUUUUAUUUGGGAUUCUUCUAGUUGUUUAUGUUCGUAACCUCCAUCCGUCUCCUGGGUAUGUUUUGAUACAAAAUGAGUCUCUUGAUGAUGAAGAAUAUGAACCACUUCCUGAAGGAGAGCAAAUAUGUCCCGAAAGGCAUGCCAGCAUUAUUUCAAAAAUAUCUUUCGGAUGGAUUAAUCCACUCAUGUGGCAAGGGUAUAGAAGACCUCUCACUGAAAGGGAUGUUUGGAAGUUAGAUAAAUGGGAUCAGUCUGAAACAUUGAUUCAGAAGUUGGCAUUCUGUUGCUUCCCUUGGAUUUGCUUCCACAUGAAAAUUCAUAUGGUCACUCAACGAUAGCAAUUUCUACCUUUGCAGGUUCAUUAGAUGUUGGGCCAAAGAAACUCAAAGAUCUAAGACAUGGCUUUUGAGAGCAUUGAAUAGUAGCCUGGGAGGAAGGUUUUGGUUGGGAGGUAUUUUUAAGGUGAUCAGGGCUGCCAAAAUAAUUAUUGUGAUGUGAGUAUGUUUGUUGAGCUAGCUCUCAGACAAUUAAAAUAAAUAAAAGAGUAAAAUGGUCAAAUAACAGGCAUAAAUGAUCAUAGACUUGUAAUUUAAGACUUCUUAUUUGUUGAUUAUAUAAAAUAUGAGCAUGUAGCUAUGCUCAUGGAAGAAAUUUUUUCUAAUUUAAUGUAAUCAUGAUAACUAUAUUACCAUAGCUCUACUUGCUCCAUAUUGUCAUGUUACCAAAGCUCAAUUUGCUGGCAGUGGCUUGCAAAGGCACUGGGUUGUUCAACCAACUUAUUUCAGUAAAGAUGCCAAUAAUCUGCUGACAUGUUGAGAAUGUAUUCUGGAAAUCAACAUAGAGUUUUAUUUUUUUUUUUUUAUGUUGAAAGGAAAAGAUUUACUGAAUUCUGUGGUCAGACUAAUCUGGAUUAAUUUAAAUUAUUACAUAAACUUCAACCAGGUUCAGCAAGAGAUAUAACAUUGGCAUGCAUAAGAUUAAUGGAAUUGAAGGUGGCAGUUAAAGUAAAAUCAGGUGCUUGUGUAAACAGUCUAUUGAACUCCAUGUCUGUUAAGUUUGUUAUGAUGUCUAAAGCAAAAUUACUUUUAAUGCAUAUAACCAUCUGUAAUUGAAACAACAUAUAUUUUGUAUAUAUUAUAUAAAACAAGAGAAGGUGAAGUGUUGAUGAAACAAUUCUGCUUCAUCCUUGUCAAAGGUUUUUGGAUGGGUGG